AUGUCAUCAAUAUCCUGGCCAACCUACUUCGCCGCCGAACGCGCCACCUUCCAACGCGACCUCCGUAUAAUAAUCGACAUCCUCCUCACCCCCGGAGACAACGCCGAACGCCUCUCCUUCUGCCACACCAUCGCAGACCGAUCCUCCUUCCCCGGCCCCCUAUCAACCCUCCACACCGCGAACAAACCCGCCGGAAGCACGAAAGAACACCUUGCGCAGCGCCAUCUCUCCGCAAACAUAAACUGCCUCAUGUACAUGUUCAUCGACCACCCCAAAGAAGGCCGGAGCUCUUGUUUUCGAUCUCAACUCAUCACUACCUAG